AUGGCUGAUCCUGCGGGAGGGGUGCCUCAACAACUGAAUCUGGAGUUGUAUCUUCAGCGCUGUGGAUACCAUCCCCCCAACGAACAGAUUGCUACACAUUGCCGAAAGAGGUACCGCCUUACGCCAACCAAAAACCCGAAUGCGAACGUUCUUCCCUGUGACCCAUCUUUAUGGAUAAUUCACUACUCUAAAACGCCCGCCGGGGAUCAAAUACCCGCUAAUCGCAUUCUUGUCACCCCCCAGAUGCAGAAUAUCCUUGCCCAACGACGUUUCCUUCAAAGCCAGGGACAGCUUGUGCGCAAGGAGUUCAUGCUUCAUGACCGAAACAGUUGGCCUACUAUCAACCUUCCCCCGCAAGUAGGACAACAAAACUUUAUGCCACACGGUGCUCCGUACGCAAACCCUAUGCUGGGCCGGCAGCAAUCUGGCCCAUUUUACCAGCAACAACAAGGUCAGAACUUACCAGGGCCUCAAAGUAAACCCUCAAGAUCGAGCCGCGCCAGUGCGACCGCCGCAGCUUUGGCCAGCGCUGCUGCAGGGGAUUAUUCUUUAGAAGAGGAGGAGGUCUCCACAGGAGACAUGCUGGAUACUAUUACGCCAAGGGAUAUUAGCAAGAUGAGAUAUCGGCAUCACCACGAAUGGAUGGAUGAAAUUUUUGGUUCUCCUUAUAGCGUGAAGCAAAUUAUACCAGUAGAUCUAGGAUUGGGUCGGAAAGGAGAACUUGAAUCCUUAACGGCAGGCUUUUUUGAUGCCCCUACAGGACCGUCUCUUCCACAAAAGGAACUCUCUACGCCACGCUCUAUUGGGAAAAUGGAAGCUGGGAAAGCAGAGGACUUUACCAAUGCCGUUAAUCGCAGGGUUGCUGAAGUGGCUGCAGAGAUUGAAGAAAUGAAGGAAAGGCACGCAAAGAGGCUGGAAAAGAUGAAACGAAUUACACUCAUGAAGGAAGCUGAACUAGCUCUCCGUGAUGCUUACGUUGACCCAGAAGAUGUGGGCGACGAGUUCUGGAGAGUCGAGGGACAUUUAGACACUUCUACGAGGGAGGAGUCGCCUCCGGUUGAGUAUUCCGACAACCGCCCCAAGGCGAAGGUUGAUGAUAUCAUCAACAACCUCCAGAAAGCUUUGGGGAAAUCGAUUGUGCGCGUCACAGAAAUUUCCUGUGUUGAGGAAGGAGGUCUUCAGAAAAGAGUGGUGCCGCCCGAAACUACUAGUGAUUCUUCUCGCGGAGAUAUUGACAUGGGCGAGGCCGGCAUGAGCUUACGUCAAGCAGCUGACUCCAAGCAACAACCGUCAGCAUCACAUGCUGCUUCAGCAGGUCCGGUGCCAACCCCGGUAGCUGCUCCAACUACCCAGCAGACUGAAGUUGGAAAGGUUUCAGCUCUUCCAGCAGGCGCUACCCUUCAAACACCAUCGACAUCGGGGCUGCCACUUCCCACCGAGCCUUCCAAACCAGAUGGUAGUGGCGAUGUAGAAAUGGGUGGAGUUGAGCUUGCGAAUGCUGCUGCUGCCACCACCAUCACAGGAAACCAAACGGGUGAAUGGGUGAUCGUCAGCAAGGAAGACAGCGCGGCGCCACAGGAUGCUAGUAUCGCUGUUGUUUCCGCUAUCGAAGGAGGUUACAACCACCCUACGAGCACAGAAUUGACAGGCGCAGCGGCUCCAGCACCAGUAACAGCAGCAACUGGAGCUGACAUACCAGUCAGUGAGCUUCAAGGACUAAAGUCUGCCGCAAAUACCGACCUGAGCGAAGCUAGCGCCCUAGAAACAAGUAAUUUUGACGAUGCAGCUGAAUUCAGCAAUUUGGAUUCCGCUGCCGAUGCGUUGGCGGCGUACGGUGAGCAAAAUGACGACUUGGGAAUGGGAGACCUCGAUAAUUCUGCAUUUGGGGAAGCUUUUCAUGCUUCGGAGGCGGAGCGUGAGCAGUUGCAGGACAAUGAAAAUGAGAAUGAAGAGAUUUCAUAA